AUGGCCCGCUCGGCGGCCAUUGGGACUCUGAUCGAUGAACUGAUCGUCGCACUAAGACAAUCAGAUAAGACUGUUCCCACGUUUUCAGCGACCAAAAAGCGCUGCGAGGCCAUCUUAAAGGAUAGCAGCACUUGGAACCGCACCGAUCCAUUUGCAGUCGAAAAGCAAUUGGACGGCCUGCAGGAAAAAUUCCGCGUCCUCAACAAAGAUGACCUGGCGGACGCGUUAGGUAGUCGUCUCUCAGAGCUAGAAGUACAACGCUCGUCAUGGACGCCAGAAUACCUGUCUCUGCUGUUGCAACUUUCUGACCGCCCUGCCGAUGUGUCAAGUGUGCCUAAAUUUGAAACAUCCAGCUACGACAACGCGUCAGUUCAACUCAAAUGGUCAGAGAUAGAUGCGAUUGGAGCCGAGUUUGCCGAUGAAGAUAUCUGGGGCGACGUUGACUACGGUGCAGCUUCUUCCGAUUCGGAGACUUCGAUUGCUUCUAGUGAUAUCUCGAUCCCGAGAAUACUACCUCAAGGAGCACAGCCAUUGCGGGACGAGUUCGUAAUACCUAAUGAACUUCUCACGUCUGGCGAGGAUGCCGACUUGGUAAAGACUAUAAAAAGCGGCCAUUUCUGGGAGUACGACUCCGCUGGUAUUCGCGAAUUCGCGCAGAGUCAUACUCGUUUCAUCACGGAGCUGCAGGCGGCUCGUGAGAUAUUGUUCAUGCUCCAGGGACUGCCUACAUCAUUAUUUUGGCAGAUCGAUAACAGUAUCGCUGUGGAUAGAAGAUACGCUCUUAACCACGCCUCCAUUGCGGCAUUUCUACAUAUGCUCCGUUCUUAUGCCGAUAUUGGCGUAGAAAUUGGGAAGUUGAGGACAUUUGUCAAGAUUCCGCAGUGUGUGGUAUUCUUACAAACAUUCACCAGGGGUGUUGAGAAGGAGUUGACGGAUUUUGAUGCGUUCUUAUCAAGAAUGCAACUGAGCUAUCUUUCGCCAGGCAAGACCGUCACGGUCAGUAUGUUACAACUGACAGAAGAGGUCCAGAAAGAAGUACGAGUACUUUUGCUGCUCGCUGAUCUCGUGGUCAAACUGGGAUCUGCGCCACCGGAGCAGUCAUUUCUUUGUCUGGAUCUGUUAUACAACCUAGUUUGCGUCAACCAAGCCUCUGGAAACAAACACGAACACAAGUCCCUCGCAAAGCUAUUUUUCUCCUGUUUUGAGGCUUAUGCACGACCAUUGCGCUUGUGGUUGAGGAGCGGAGACCUUGAGGCUUCCCAGGAUCAUUUCUUUAUCACCGACUGUCGACACGAUCAUGACAUGCAAACUCUGUGGCAUGACUGGUACCUUUUAAGAGAAACUUCUGGUCAUCUUCAUGCGCCUACAUUCAUCAAGCCGAGCGCCCGUAGGAUUCUCACCACAGGCAAGAGCAUGGUUUUCCUACGACAUCUGAACGUCGCAAUUGACGAGCUGGAGUCAUCACAUUGGCAGCCGCUGGACUUCGAUGCUGUCUGUCCAGAUGAUUCGACUUGGCAACUCUUACCCUUUUCCAGUCUCUUAGACCAGGCUAUCGGGAAUUUGAUUUCGACGAACCACAUCCUCGCUUCUAGUAUGCUGCGCGAACAACUUAACGGGCAAUGCGGAUUGUGGACAUCACUUUCUGCACUACAGUAUAUUUAUUUAUGCAAAGACGCUUCUGUGUCCACCACAAUCGACAGCAAGAUCUUUGCAUCGCUCGACAAACGCGGCGGUGUCUGGAAUGAUCGCUUUCUUCUUACCGAGUUGGUACAAAGCGCAUUUGGCGAGACUGACUAUGUGGAUACAUCUCGACUCAUAGUGCGUUCGGCUCGCAAGACGUUCCACGACUUUGAAAGUCAGAGCCGGAAAGUCAAGAUACUGAAGUCGAUUUCGAUAGAAUAUGUACUUCCAUGGCCUGUGGCUAACAUUAUCACCAAACCUGCUAUGAGCAUGUACCAACGCAUUUCUACAUUUCUAAUGCAAAUACGACGCGCGAAGUACAUUCUUGAACGACAACGACUACUGAAAAGGAAUGACGCUGACGACAAUGAUGAAGAUGAAGAUGACGGCAUGGGCUACAUCAUUCGACACAAUCUGCUUUGGUUCACCAACAUCCUCUACGGUCACAUCACCGAUAUGGUCAUAGCCACAAAUACGGAAACCAUGGAAAAGACGCUCGCAGAAUCGCCAGAUAUAGAUAGCAUGAUUUCCGUGCACGAAGCGUACAUGUCUGCGUUGGAGGAGCAGUGCCUUUUGUCGCACAAUUUAGCGCCUAUAUAUCAGGCAGUCAUCGCCCUGCUCGAUUUGUGUAUUCACUUCGCAGAUAUCCAAGCUGCGCGUCAUGGAGAGACGAAUCGAUACGAUACUUCGCACCGGUCUUCAACGGUUCUCAAAGGUCAGCACUCCAAACGACGACGUCGCCGCAAACGAACGGAAGAUAGCUCUGACUCCGAGGAUGAUGACGAUGACGAUAAUGAUGAACAUGAACAAGACGGUGAAGAUAAUGAGUACUACGACGAAGGCAUGACUAGUAUAUCUUUCAUCGAAUCGUCGUAUUCCCACAGACUGGGACACGUCAUGAGACAGUUCCAUCGAUCACUGGCCUUUGUGAUUGCGGGAUUGAGGGGCGUGGGGAGGGUGGAUGGACAGCAGAGUUGGGAUAUACUCGCUGAUCGGUUGUCGUGGAAUGCGCAAUCGAAGAAGUGA